GUGGUAAUGACCUCGACGAUAUCACACUGUGGUGCCUCCCUCCCGAGCACCUGUUUUUCCCCCUUUCCUUUCCGUCUGCAGUUGCAUUGUUCUACGCGCGCGCCAGCAUUAACAUUCGGCUUCGCGUUUGCACGUUCGGGAUUUCUAAUGCGGCGAAAACAUGGCUUAUCAUUUCCGACGGGGACCUGGCAGGAUUCGAUGCUAAGGUUCCCCUUUCUGGCUUUGAAGAUAGACCGGGCUUUCCUGUUCUCUGAUACGGGAAGACUCGACUCGACGAUUUGAUACCCUUAGACCAGAAGACUGGAAACGACGACAAACGCCCUGCGCGCACAUGCUACGGAUGGCAUGGUUCGCAGGCCUGGUUGAUGAGAUCUAGACGGGAUCUCGGAUCGACCCUCACGAUUGUCAUGUUUCUGCCUUUGGCCUGCUUUUCGGAGAGGGCUCGAUGCGUUCACAUAGAAAUGGGGGUCAUGGCACGCCGCAGGCUCUUUGCAUUUUUUUUCUUCUUCUUUUUUGCUACUUCUUUCCUUGUCACGACAUCAUCUCAUAGACAAAAGUGGAUUUCUCGGUUCUCAUCUCUGGUCGGUUCGGCGGCCCGAAUUCGGCUAGGCGGUCUCAGGUCCAGGGAGAUAUCCGGGGGGUGCUUCAAGAGCUCGAGAGAUGGACUGGUAAUAUUUCGGCGGUUGAGGACUGGGAGCAGGUUUGAUGGAGCAUGAUACCCAAAACCCUUCGAUGAUUUCAGCCAGAGGAGGGGAAGAAUGCUCCCCCGGCCCUCAUCGUUGGCACUGGAACAGCACCUGCGAUCUGCGAAAGGGCAGGCAAGCGCGCAGGAGAAUGGGCGCGCAUUGGGUCAGGCUUUGGCAGGCCUCGGUCCUUUUGACCGAGCAACUACAGUACUCGAGUAGUGCUUCUACUCCGUGGCUCGAGACCACAGUUAUAACUGAGGAGUCCGAACAAAAAAACAAAAGACACAUGCUGCUUUUA